AUGAUCCUUACAGUCCUUCUGCAAGCCGUUCAUCAGGCGGUCAAUGACGAGAGUUGGCGACCUGCCCGCCUUGAGGUCCUCACUCAAGUCAAGGUAGCGGCGCAUUGCCUGACACUGCGAGUCAAGGCCGCGGCGGAUGAUGGCGUCGAGGUCGUCAGCGCUGGGAGCCGUCGAGCUGGUGUCCUUGACUGCCACGUGGUUGCCGGUCGCGUCCGUCUUGGUCUGGGCGGUCUUGCUGGACUCGCCGGGCUUGCCAGAGACAGGACCGAUGCUGCGGAAGUCGGCGUAGCGGUUGCGAACCGCGAUGCGCUGGGCGUUGAAAGUGGUCAAGUCGACGAUUUCCGAGAGCCACGACUCAGUAACGGCUGUUUCGACGGUGUAAACAUUGCCCGUAAACUCGGAUGCCAAAGGGCAUCGGUAGCCCAUCACACAGCAUCUAUCGCACGACGGACGGUAGGCGUGGUGACCAUCUUGCGUGAGGCUGAAGACGGUGGUACAACACUGAAUGCCCUCAGUCUUGCAAGUCGGGCAAGCGAUGAAGAGGCUGCUUGUCAAUAG